GUCCCCACACGUCCCCACGUGUCCCCAUGUCCCCAGGCCUGGCCUAUCUGUGCGAGGGGCUGCGGGAGCAGCGCCGUGGUUUGGUGACGUUGGUGCUGUGGAACAACCAGGUGACACAGGCAGGGACGGCGUACCUGGGGGUCACACUGCCCCACGCACAGAGCCUGGAGACCCUGAACCUGGGCCACAACCCCAUUGGCAACGAAGGAGUUCGCAACCUGAAGACGGGGCUGAUUGGGAACCGCUCCGUGCUGCGCCUGGGCUUGGCUUCCACCAAACUCACCUGCGAAGGUGGGGGGGCACGGAGCCCCACAGAGCCCCUCGGGGAAGGGGGGAGUCUGGGGAGGGGGGACCCCCACGGAGGGAUCCCACAAAAAACGCCGUCGUUGGGAUCCAGGGCCGUCACUGCGGAGCCCGGACCCCGGGGGGGGCGGCUGUGGGAUCCUCUUGGGGACCCUGCGGAAGCGAUGUCCUCGAGGUCCAAAGGGUGACCCCGAUGUCACUAC